GUGACGUCACAGCGUUAGGCUAAAGCAGCCGCACUUCUACCUCGAUAACUUCAGGAGACUUCGGAUAAUAUUGACAGAACACUCCACGCUAAACUAUGGCAGCAGACAAGAACAUUUUUCUGAGAGCGAAACAUAGGACGUAUGAAGGUUUAACGGAAGAUGAGGAGAAGGAGUGGAGUGGGCCGUUUUACUUCAUCCAGGCGGCUGACCCGCAGCUGGGACUGAUGAAGGCGUGGAGAGUGGGAGACUGUGAUAGAGGAGGUGAUGAGUGGGCAGAGGAGGUGCAGCUCACCAGGCAGGCUGUCGAGGCCAUCAACAAACUGCAGCCACGGCCUCGCUUUGUUGUCCUCUGUGGGGAUUUGAUUCAUGCCAUGCCAGGUUGCCAAUUCAGAGAGGAGCAAGAGAGGGACCUGAAGGAUAUCCUGCGGGCCACUGAUCCAGACAUUCCGCUCGUGUUUGUCAGCGGUAACCAUGACCUGGGCAACACUCCCACUCCAGACACAGUGGAGCAGUACUGCCGUGCCUGGGGUGACGACUACUUCAGUUUCUGGGUUGGUGGAGUGCUGUGCCUGGUGUUGAACUCCCAACUGUUCUUUGACGCAUCAGGCUGCCCUCAGCUAGAGGAAGCACAUGAGGUCUGGCUAGAGAAACAGCUACAGAAAGCAGCCAAGAGCUCAGCACGGCAUGUCAUUAUCUUCCAGCACAUUCCACUCUACCUGAAAUCUCCAGACGAGGAGGACGACUACUUCAAUCUGCAGAGAGUAAAGAGAGAGAAUCUGAUACACAGAUUCUGCCAAGCAGGUGUCAAAGCCGUGUUCUCGGGUCACUACCAUCGCAACGCGGGCGGCUGCCAUGCAGGACUGGACAUGGUGGUGAGCUCGGCUAUCGGCUGCCAGCUGGGCGAGGACGCGCACGGGGUCCGGGUGGUGGUGGUGACCGCUGAUAAGAUCAUCCAUCGCUACCACACGCUGGACCAGCUGAUUGAGAAAGGCAUAGAUGUAGACCUGAAGAAACUCUUAUCUUAAAUGAAACUGUUUGACCUUUUGCGGGUCUUUUUUUGGAGUAGAUUUGUUGGUUCUAGAUCAGUAGCAAAGAACAAAGUCUGCUUUCAACCCAGCACCGCCUCUGAACAAAAGCAGCCAUUCUGUGUCAAUAUCCAGAAGGCAUCUGAAUAAUAAGCUUCUGCACACAGCAGGAGGAGGCAGAGAAAACUAACUAUAUCUUAAGGUGUCAUCAGAGUGCUGUUGCCUUUCUGCGUUUUUUAAAUUCCUUAUUCGCUGUAACGUUUGGGUCUUUCCUGUCACAAAUGAGGGGUUUGGGGAUGUAAUUUCAAGCAUUAAUAAUAUAACUCUUCCAUACCUUAAUCAAACAUCUUGACAUUUGAAUCAGAAAAAUAUACUCGAGCUUCUCCUAUUCCUUUAAACCCACAUCACCUAAUCACACUAAUAAGCAAGUAGAAGUAGAGCUGGAGCCGGUCGUUCGGUGAUUUCAGCCUCUGUGUCCAAGCCCAUUACACUCUCCAAACUCCAAGAGGUGAGAAGAGGCAAUCUCCAUGGCAACCAUUGAAAGACAUGACAGUUAAGACUGUAACUUACAGAGACUCAUUCAGUCAUCAGAAACCGUUGCUGAUUUCCAUCUCACACUUGUGGUUUUAUCUCUCAGGUUCAGAAUCCAAUUUGAUGAUUUGAUGCAAGGGGGGAGCUGAAUUCUUUGUCGAACCCAGGGAGCGUGUACUCAUUCAGCCCCUUCUGCCUUUGUAAUGCACAAAUCUAACCCUGCCAGUUAAGAAGGGGAGCAUCACGAGGGAUUAAUGCACUGCAUCGACCUAGGCCAUUGUUUUUGUAACAUUUUGUUUAAAAAUACAUGAUCCUAAUGAUCAGGAAUAGAAACCUUGUUUAUUGAAGCAGCUUUGGGAAUCCUCGGUGUUGGCAGAUCUGUGCAUAAAGGGAAUGUCACGGGGAUUAAAAGCAACAGUUUGUCUCAUUUACACUGUUAACACGGUUCUUCCACUUUUUAAUGUGUUCUCCAGAAUAAUAAUUUCUAAACAGUGUAUUUUUCGUCAUCUUUAGUUAAAAAACAGAGCCAAGAAGAACAGAUUAUAUGGAAAUCUUACAUAUCAUUUUUUUAAUUCUUUUUGAUAUGAAGUUAAAAUAGACGAUUUUAAUAUAGAUUAAGAGAAUAUGUUUGAGAUUAUGUUCCCUGUUAUGUUUAACUACAUUUCCACUAGUUUUUCAAAUUUUGAACUCAUUGUAUUGUGAU